GCGUGGCCAGAGGAGGGGGCGGGUCCUGUUCGCGCGGCCAUGUUCGCCCGUGGGUCCCGUCGGAGGCGAUCCCCCCCCGAAACCGCCGACCCCGACCGGGGCCAUCCGUGUCAGACCUGUGGCGAUCAAUGUCCGGGUUUCCUCGUUCACAGAUGGAGGAAAAUUUGUCAACAUUGCAAAUGUCCUCGUGGGGAACACAUGUCCGGAGGGGUCCCCCAAGAUUUUCAACGCGUAAUGGGACGGUUGGUAUCGGAUUUUCAACCUCCGACGGGUUCCGAUGAGGAUUCCGGUUGUGCUUCCGAGGAAUAUACGUGGACACCCCCCGGACUCAAACCGGAACAGGUGGCUCAGUUCUUCCGCUGUCUCCCUGAGGACAAAGUGCCGUACGUGAACAGCCCCGGAGAGAGGCACCGCCUGCGGCAACUGCGGCACCAGCUGCCCCCCCACGACAGCGAGCCCCAAUAUUGUAACGCUCUCGGAGAGUCGGAACGUCGGGAGCUGAAACGCUUCGCCCAACAGCGGAAACGGGAGAACCUCGGCAGGGGCAGCGCCAGACCCUUCCCCCUCACCAUCACCGGAGCCAUCUGCCAGCAGUGCGGGCGUCAGAUCGGCGGCGGCGAACUGGCGGUGUUUGCGUCCCGCGCCGGCCACGGCGCCUGUUGGCAUCCCCAGUGCUUCCAGUGCUCCCAGUGCGGAGAGUUACUGGUGGAUCUCAUCUACUUCUAUCAAGACGGACGUAUUUACUGCGGGAGACAUCACGCCGAGACCAAGCGACCGCGUUGCCAGGCCUGCGACGAGAUCAUCUUCGCGUCGCGCUGUACGGAGGCCGAAGGUCGUCACUGGCAUUUGGGUCAUUUCUGCUGUUUCGAAUGCGAAGAGCCCCUGGGGGGGGGUCGGUACCUUCUGCCCCACGGACGGCCCUACUGCCCCCCCUGCUACCGCGCACGGCACGCGCACUACUGCGACGCCUGCGGGGACCCCAUCGGUCCGGAUCAGGGCCAGGUGGCGUUCCAGGGGCAGCACUGGCACGCCGUUCCCGACUGCUUCCGGUGCGUCCGGUGCCGACUUUCCCUUUUGGGUCUUCCGUUUCUCCCUCGCGGGGGAGAACUCUUCUGUUCUCAAUCCUGCGCUGAAAAACCACCGCCCAACAAAUCCCGGAACGCUCCCGUCCGGAGAUCCUGGGGAGGGGGGGGGACCCCCGCCGCGCUUUGGUUCAGUCCAUGCCCCAAGAUGGCGGCGCCCUUUGCCAAGAUGGCGGCGCCCUUUGCCAAGAUGGCGGCGCCCUCUGCCAAGAUGGCGGCGCCCUCUGCCAAGAUGGCGGCGGGCGCGCAACGACUCCGAUAAAGACAACGCCAAAGGAAAGAGGAAGGGGAAGGGGGUGCUGACCACGUGAUCCCAGCCCCGCGCCCUGACCACGUGACCCCGGCGCCGCGCGGGGCUGAGUGGAGUCACGUGACCGGGCGGUGAGGCGCAGGAGCGGCGGCGGCGG